CGGUCGUUAUGUAAACAGUAAAGAUGGCGGCGUCCUGUCAGCUGCGGACACUGCUGAGUCGAGCUGUGAGCAGGUUCAGGUGUUCUGGAGGACCCAGGUACACCUCCACUGCCAGCCUGAUUGUUGCUGAGGCAGUAGACCACUCAGCAUGCUGGGUAACUGUGGAAGAUCACAAAGCUACCAGAAGGAACAUUCCUGAAGAACCAGGAAGACGAGAUGGAAGAAGACUUCUGUGGGCAGCAGUUGCCUUCUCCCUGUUCAGCAGCAAAGAGGAAGACAAGCGUGAUGAAGCUCAGAGGAAGGAAGACGAGAUGAUCCUGCUGCUGAAAAAGGCCAAGCUCAGCAUUCAUCGUGGCCAGCUGCCAGCAGCCUCGUCUUUCCUCCAUCAGGCUGUGGUUCUGGCUCAUCAGACACACAACAACCAGGCUAUUAUCUACACAUACAGCCAGAUGGCGAAUGUGGCGUAUGUUCAGGGCCAGCUGGACGGUGCAGAGAAACUCUUCAAAGCAGCGAUGAGCUACAUGCUGGCAGGAGGAACUCCACAGGAUGAUAACGCCAUCAUCGAGAUGUCUCUGAAGCUGGCCACCAUCUACGCCGAGCAGAACAAGGCGGAGCUUGCAGAGCAUGGCUUCAUGUUCUGUACAGAGUCUCUGGAGACAAAACUGGAGACACAGAAGGGACUGCCUGAGGAAGACCAGACAGAGGAGCAGGAAGAACUCAGGAAGGAGACCCGCCUCCUGCUGGGUCUGUGUUUGGACUCACGAGCUCGAUACCGAGCGUCAACGUUACACCUGAGCCAGGCCGAACUGGACUACAGGACCGCCUUGGCCAUCUGCCACCAGGAGCAGGGAGAGACACACCCACAGACUCUGGUCCUGAUGAGCGACCUGGCCACCAUCUUGGAUCUGCAGGGCCGUCACGAUGAAGCCCUGGUCCUGGUCCAACAAGCAGUGGACCUGAGCCGGUCUGUGGGACACCCAGAUUAUCACGUGCUGCUGGGAAACCUGGCAGGCAUCUUGCUGCACACAGGUCAACUGGAGAAUGCGGUCCGGUUCUACAACGAAGCUCUGGAACUGGCCUGGCAGGCUGGAGACCAGGAGGCUGUGAACCGGGUCCAAGAGGGACUGAAGGAGGUGCAGAAGAGGAGGAGUCAGGAGAAGAAGGCGGAGCCAGAGGGAGCAGCAGAAUGACUGUGGGCGGAGCUUUUAAUAUUUAGGAUUAGAUGGACGUGGUUCUCUGGGAUCCUGUAGAUCCUGUUCUGUCUUCAUGUGUCCACUUUGUCUCCAAGCUGAAAGCUGAGGUGUCCUCGCUGUCAGGACAUGUCCACCUGUCUGUGUUGUUCCCACAGGUGAACUUCCUGUUUACUCAACCUGUCAGAAUAAAAGCAUGAUGACGACUGUGAGCUGUGUACACAAAAUACAGAGGCUUCCCUUAAUCUGAUGUUUGUGUAGAGAAAGGGGCGGAGCUAAAGAGAGAGCACCUGAGAACCAACUUGAAGGUGUUAAUAAAAGUGCAUGUGGAGGGGGCGGGGCCAGAGAGCAGCUGCCUUCUGAUUGGUGGAUAAAGCUUCUCUUGUUUGAUCUGAUCUGUUUCAACAGUUAAAAUAAAAAAUAAACAAACUUGUUUGAUUU